UCUUUACCGCAUAUAUCGGUAAGACCCUCAAUAUUCCGUGGGAACCCCAAUUCCGUGGUACUUCCGGUAUCGUGGAAUUCCCGCGAGAUGACGGUUGCGUGACGUCACACUUACGUCAGUUGGAAUCUUUGUUUACUAAACAACAAGACUGAAAGGCGUUUUAUAAAAACAAUAUGCGGCAAAAGCAGGGAAUACUUUCUGAUUCUGUGAUGAGAAAUGAAGAAUGCAGUUCAGGAUGUAAUAAUGUGCCAGAGAUUGAAGGCACACCAAUGGCGGAAUUAAAACGGUUUGCAGAAAGUACUCCAACGUUGACAGAAGGAAUAAAAGUUUUAAUGAAGAAACUCUUUACUCCAGAGGAGCUUGUAAAAUGUAGUGUUUUGGGACAACAGUCUUCAAAAUCUUUAGAAAAUAGACCCCCUCUUGAUGAAAAGAAGUGGGUGAUUUUGGAAGGUCUUCUCAUAAAACGCUUCGAUACAUCACUAGCAACUCUGCGAAUGAGGAUGAGAGACAGAAUAAAGUUAUUCAGAAAAGCCUACAAUGGCAUAUUGUAGUGGCAAUGUUUUUAGCUCACAUGGUUGUGGCAUCAUUCGUCCUUCCAUCUGUCAUCUGUGCGUCAACAAUUCAGCAUUUUGCGUUCAAAUCUCAAAAAGUGGUCACUUGAACUUUGACAAAACAAAGAUACACGUAUAUAAUUUAGUGGACAUCUCAUCACAGGCUUCAUUUAUGGAAGAUCACCCAGAAUUUAUAGUCCAGCAACUCAUUCAGGGACAUGCUGGGAAUACAAACAUUUUAGUUUGAUAUAUAACUUAGUUUGUCAAAAAGUAUUAAUGUGUUUUCAACCAAACUUGGAAUAUAAUUGCAUUGUAGUAUGUAUAUCUCAACACACCCUAUAGAGAUACAUGAAAAUUAAUUUUUGCUGUAUUUUUGGAUUAACAUUAGAUUUUAAAAAUGACAUAUUUAGGUGAGUUUUGAGAAUUGGUAAUUUUGAAAAAUUUCUUACUUUUGUGUUAAGACUAACAACACAUGUCUAUAAUAUAUACAUAGUGCUUCAAUAUUAUCAAGUUGAAUUGUCGUUUUUGAAAAAAAUGCAGAUAACUUAUUGAUUGGGAU